UGCCCGUAAGAAACAUGGAGAAACACUUGACAUUUGCUUUGGAACGGAAGAGGUCGCCGUUAUUCCUCUACUGCUACUGGCCACCAUAAACAAUUACACAGCAUUUUCACUUCAGGACGCAUCGUUGCCAAAACAUGAAAAGAGCGAAAUGCCAGUACUGUAUCCAAGCCAAUGGAAAGCUGCUGACACCGAUAUUGUAUCAAAACAUCAAGCCUGACACAAUCUGGCCUUCCGUAGGAUCUCGGGAAGUGAUGUUUCUCGAAUCGGUCCAUCACCGCUUAUGAAGCUUAAGCGCGCCAGUUUAAAAAACUACAAUUCCCGAUGUGCCCCGCGCCGCACACCCGCUUGAGCAGAGAGGACAAGUUAGAAUCCCGUGAAGCACUGCUUACAGUGCUAACAUUUACAUAGUUCGCUUGUACCUUCGUUUUGCUUUCAUUUCUCACUUUGACAGCUGGUAUGAUGCAGACUGAAUCGGGAAUAGUAGCGGACUUUGAGAUUGGCGAGGAAUUUCAUGAAGAGCCUAAAACAUAUUACGAGCUGAAAAGCCAGCCCUUAAAGAAAAGUAAUUCGUCAGAGCAGCCUGGCUCCUCCAAACCCCCGUUAAGCUCCUCCACCAUGACAUCACGAAUCCUGCUACGGCAGCAGCUCAUGCGUGAGCAAAUGCAGGAACAGGAGCGUCGAGAGCAGCAGCAGAAACAGCAAGCGGCACAGUUCAUGCAGCAGAGAGCGCCGGCCAGCCAGACACCUGCCAUCAACGUCAGCCUACCUGCCAGUCUCCCGGCUACAGCACAGGUACCAAUGGAAGUCCUCAAGGUGCAGACUCACCUUGAAAAUCCAACCAAGUAUCACAUCCAGCAAGCUCAGAGACAGCAGGUUAAGCAGUACCUCUCCACAACCCUUGGAAAUAAGCUGGCCAAUCAGGCUGUCAGCCUACCCUGUCAGAAUCAUCCUAUUGAACACGUAAUGCCUCCUGGAACCGGAAGCAGUGCCCCCAACAGUCCAAUGGCCAUGCUGACCUUAAACUCCAAUUGUGAAAAAGAGAUGGAUGAUGUAAUUGAUGACAUAAUCAGUCUGGAGUCAAGCUAUAAUGAUGAAAUCCUUGGACUUAUGGACCCUGCACUACAGAUACCCAAUACGCUUCCUGUUUCUGCAAAUCUUCUCGAUAUGUACAAUAAUCCCGGGCUGCCACCCACAAACCUCUCCAUAAGCAAUUCGUGCCCUGCGAAUGUGCCCAACAUUAAAAGAGAAUUCACAGUUACCCCAGCUCCUGCCAUGAUGCAUAUACUGGACAAGUCGGGAUCGUGUGGAAAGUUUGAAAACUAUCAAAGAUCUGAAGGUUUUCCAGUAGAAGCUGAAGCAAGAGCUUUGGCAAAAGAACGACAGAAAAAAGACAAUCACAAUUUAAUUGAAAGAAGAAGACGGUUUAAUAUUAAUGAUCGCAUUAAGGAACUUGGGACCUUGAUUCCAAAAUCCAAUGAUCCGGAUAUGCGAUGGAACAAGGGAACUAUUUUGAAGGCAUCAGUUGACUAUAUCCGCAAACUCCAAAGAGAGCAGCAGCGGUCCAAGGAACUUGAAAACAGACAGAAAAAACUGGAGCACGCCAACAGACACUUAAUGCUGAGAAUACAGGAACUUGAGAUGCAAGCCAGAGCUCAUGGACUUUCUGUUGUAGCCUCUCCAGGCCUCUGUACCUCAGAGGUAACAGGAAGAGUCAUUAAGCAAGAGCCUGUUUUAGGUGAUUGCAACCAGGAAAUCUACCAGCAACACUCUGACCUCUCCCGCACCACAACACUAGACCUAACUGAUGGAACUAUCACCUUCAAUGAUGGCCUUGGACACACAAAUAAGCACAGUGCCUACAAUGUAACAGGAAAAGCAGGUUCCAAGUUAGAAGACAUGCUAAUGGAUGACACGCUUUCCCCAGUGGGAGUAACUGACCCAUUAUUGUCUUCUGUAUCCCCUGGAGCUUCAAUAAACAGCAGCCGGAGAAGCAGCACUAGCAUGGAGGAAAAUGAACAGGGCUGUUAGCAGUAGAUGUAGUCAGUAUUCACAUGACACUCUGCUUCCUCUUCUUUAAAACUACCAUAAUGUUGCAUUCAUUCAGACUGUUAUCAUUAAUUCUUCCUAGAGUCUUUAACCUCUCUUUGUAAAGCAGGUCCAUUUCGUCCAAUAUUCUUGAAAAAGGCAGAUUGAGAAUGAGUGAGAGAGCUCUGCAUGUAUACAGCGCUAGUAGGAGUCAUGUAGCUUUGAGUAACUGAGUGCAGAUGUACAAGUUACAGUAGACUUAAAGAUGAAACUCAUUCUUUACUAUUUUAUGUGAGUUAUUACACUGUUUUUUAAAAAAUUUAUAUAGAUGUACAGAGUAUGCAUGAAUAAAGAUUGACUAGUUUAGCAGAAUUGAGGUGUAAGACAGAUACAGUAAAUAUCUGCUUGCCUAAAGCCUUUCAAAGACAGCUUCAGGAAUCUAUCUAUCUAUCUAUCUAUCUAUCUAUCUAUCUAUCUAUCUAUCUAUCUAUCUAUCUAUCUAUCUAUCUAUCUAUCUAUCUAUCUAUCUAUCUAUCUAUCUAUCUAUCUAUCUAUCUAUCUAUCUAUCAUGGGUCACACCUCAUAUUCCAUCUUUCUAUUUAUCUCUAUCUGCCUCUCUCUCUCUACCAUUGGUUACUCUGCAUCUGUCUAUCCCUAUAUCUAGCUACCUUGCUUGCUAUUCAGGACUCACAAUAAAACAAUAAUCAGGUUUAAAGCAAACUGCAUCCAUAUUUUGAUCAUGGAUCCUGCAAAGCGGAAUAUCAUUGUAUUUACAAAAACAAAACAUGUAUAGAGACUUAUAUUUGUACAUUUAUUAAUAUUUAAUUUGUCUGUAG